GGCGUAAAUGUAUCAAACUCAUUUUUUAUGAAUCAACAAUGAGAGGACGGAAAUGUUACCUUGUGAAAUAUAAAAUCAUGUUUAAAAGGAAAAGAAGAUGGAAAAUGAACUUUGUAUUAGAAGAUUUCAUUGCACAGUAGAUGUUAGAAAUAAUCUGGCUAUACACAUCUGGCUAAGGACAUUUUCCCCCUAAUUAAGCGAAGCCGGUAACAAAUUAACUACCUCAUCAUUUUCCAGCUGUGUUUCCUUACGCUGGAAAUCAAACAACUCCUAUAUUUAUUCACCCAUUCUCGCCUAACAUAGGAAGAAAAGAGAGAGAAAACAGGACUCAUAUCGCCACAUAACGUGAACAUCUCUCUCCAUUAUUUUCUUCCUCCACUAACAUGUCACCGUCGUCAUCGGCAAUAACCGACGGCGGCGACGACAUGCAAGACAUGGUGUUCGCCAAGAGAGGCUGCUGCUUCUGGAUCCCUUGCUUGACAUCCAGCUCUUCAACAGCAGCCUCAACGACGGUGACAACGGGGUGGUGGGAGCGGAUGGGCUCCCCAGAGAAUAAGGAGAGGUGGUGGUUGAGAGGGUGGAAAAGGAUCCGGGAAUGGUCUGAGGUCGUGGCGGGGCCUAAAUGGAAGACGUUCAUCCGACGGUUCAACCGGAACAACCCCCGUGUCGCCGCCUUUAGCAAGCCAGGGUCGUUCCGGUAUGAUCCGUUAAGCUACGCGCUCAACUUUGAUAAUGAUAACGACAACAAUUACACCGGUUUCUCGUCGCGGUUCGGUUCGCUUCCGCCAUCGGCGAAGUCCUCCAUGGACCUCGGCAAGGACGGGCCCUCCUUCACGUGAGUCAAUGUGUAUGCUAGAUGUUAUGUAUGAUUUGAGCUAGUUAUCUGUUGCACGUGUGUAAGUUAAAUCUCUGUAUUCUCCUCUCAGUUUUUGUGAUCAGAAGUAUAUACCCGGUUUCUUUCUUCUUCUAUUUGUUAUAUUCUGAUUCUGAAGGGGAACAAAGCUCUAUGAAUGUUCAAAAACACUAUCGCAUGUAUCUUAUGAACAGAACUCGUGGGCUCCCACAUAUUUGUUAGUGCUUUCAUUGUUGAUUCAUACAAUGUUUACGAAGUGUCAUCUAAAAUCAUGAAUACAUGUUAAAAACUGAA